UCCUGGAGAAAGAUGGCGACAGCCGAGAAGCAGAAACACGACGGGCGGGUGAAGAUCGGCCACUACAUCCUGGGUGACACGCUGGGGGUCGGCACCUUCGGCAAAGUGAAGGAUGAGUAAAUAGAAGGUUGAAGUUUUUUUAACUUGCCCAAGUCAAACGUCUAUUGGCAAACAUGAAUUGACUGGGCAUAAAGUUGCUGUGAAGAUACUCAAUCGACAGAAGAUUCGGAGCCUUGAUGUGGUAGGAAAAAUCCGCAGAGAAAUUCAGAACCUCAAGCUUUUCAGGCAUCCUCAUAUAAUUAAACUGUACCAGGUCAUCAGUACACCAUCUGAUAUUUUCAUGGUGAUGGAAUAUGUCUCAGGAGGAGAGCUAUUUGAUUAUAUCUGUAAGAAUGGAAGGCUGGAUGAAAAAGAAAGUCGACGUCUAUUCCAACAGAUCCUUUCUGGUGUGGAUUAUUGUCACAGGCAUAUGGUAGUCCAUAGAGAUUUGAAACCUGAAAAUGUCCUGCUUGAUGCACACAUGAAUGCAAAGAUAGCCGAUUUUGGUCUUUCAAACAUGAUGUCAGAUGGUGAAUUUUUAAGAACAAGUUGUGGCUCACCCAACUAUGCUGCACCAGAAGUAAUUUCAGGAAGAUUGUAUGCAGGCCCAGAGGUAGAUAUAUGGAGCAGUGGGGUUAUUCUCUAUGCUUUAUUAUGUGGAACCCUUCCAUUUGAUGAUGACCAUGUGCCAACUCUUUUUAAGAAGAUAUGUGAUGGGAUCUUCUAUACCCCUCAAUAUUUAAAUCCUUCUGUGAUUAGCCUUUUGAAACAUAUGCUGCAGGUGGAUCCCAUGAAGAGGGCCACAAUCAAAGAUAUCAGGGAACAUGAAUGGUUUAAACAGGACCUUCCAAAGUAUCUCUUUCCUGAGGAUCCAUCAUAUAGUUCAACCAUGAUUGACGAUGAAGCCUUAAAAGAAGUAUGUGAAAAGUUUGAGUGCUCAGAAGAGGAAGUUCUCAGCUGUCUUUAUAACAGAAAUCACCAGGAUCCUUUGGCAGUUGCAUACCAUCUCAUAAUAGAUAACAGGAGAAUAAUGAAUGAAGCCAAAGAUUUCUAUUUGGCGACAAGCCCACCUGAUUCUUUUCUUGAUGAUCAUCACCUGUCUCGGCCCCAUCCUGAAAGAGUACCAUUCUUGGUUGCUGAAACACCAAGGGCACGCCAUACCCUUGAUGAAUUAAAUCCGCAGAAAUCCAAACACCAAGGUGUAAGGAAAGCAAAAUGGCAUUUAGGAAUUAGAAGUCAAAGUCGUCCAAAUGAUAUUAUGGCAGAAGUAUGUAGAGCAAUUAAACAAUUGGAUUAUGAAUGGAAGGUUGUAAACCCAUAUUAUUUGCGUGUACGAAGGAAGAAUCCUGUGACAAGCACUUACUCCAAAAUGAGUCUACAGUUAUACCAGGUGGAUAGUAGAACUUAUCUACUGGAUUUCCGUAGUAUUGAUGAUGAAAUUACAGAAGCCAAAUCAGGGACUGCUACUCCACAGAGAUCGGGAUCAGUUAGCAACUAUCGAUCUUGCCAAAGGAGUGAUUCAGAUGCUGAGGCUCAAGGAAAAUCCUCAGAAGUUUCUCUUACCUCAUCUGUGACCUCACUUGACUCUUCUCCUGUUGACCUAACUCCAAGACCUGGAAGUCACACAAUAGAAUUUUUUGAGAUGUGUGCAAAUCUAAUUAAAAUUCUUGCACAAUAAACAGAAAACUUUGCUUAUUUCUUUUGUAGCAAUAAGCAUGCAUAAUAAGUCAUAGCCAAAUGCUUCCAUUUGUAAUCAAGUUAUACAUAAUUAUAACUGAGGGCUGGCGUUUUGAAAUGCAAUUUGCACAGGGAUUGGAACAUGAUUUAUAGUUAAAAGCUAAUAUGCAGAAAUGAAUUAAGAUCAUUUUGUUGUUCAUUGUGCAGUACGUAUAUAGCAUAAUAUACACAGUGAAUUAUAGGUCUCUCAGGCUCACCUGAUUUUUGGCUAUUUUAUAUUUAGUGUACACAGGGCUUUGAAAAUAUUAAUUUACAUAAAGGCCUUCAUAUAUUAUUACAUGUUAUAUAUUUGCUUCAUAAAUUUAUUCAAUAAAUAUUUGCCUAGAAUUCUCAAGACCUUUAUAGGUGAUUUUGUUCUCUGGGCUCCUUAACUUCUUAAAUAGCUAGUAUCUUCCAGCAGUACUAACAGUCUAGAUAACUUCUUCCAUAUCCCUCCCUCUUUGUUUUUUUGAGACAGAGUCUCACUCUGUCACCCAGGCUGGAGUCUCCGCCUCCCGGGUUCAAGUGAUUCUCCCGCCUCAGCUUCCUGAGUAGCUGGAACUACAGGCGCGUGCCACCACAUCCGGCUAAUUUUUUGUAUUUUUAGUAGAGACGGGGUUUCACUGUGUUGGCCAGGCUAGUCUCGAACUCCUGACCGCGUGAUCCACCACCUUGGCCUCCCAAAGAGGUGGGAUUACAGGUGUGAGCCACAGUGCCCGGCCUCCAUAUCCCCCUUUAAAAAUUCUGUAGUGUAUGGUAAGUCAUAUCAGAUAUCAGAUCUAAUUUAAAUUUUAUUUUAGCUUUACAAGUCCAAAAACACAGAAUUUAUAUAUUCAGAUACUCUAGGACUAAUUUUAAUCUUAAAAUAUUCCCACUAUAUUCUGUACACAAAAUGUUCUUUUUUUGUUACAAGAGCUGAGUUGCAUAUACUGUAAAUAAAUCAUAUUAUUUUUGCCAAUUUCACAGAUUCCUCUGGCUCAUCAUGUCAGUCAUUAUUGAGUAUAUGCAAACAUUGCUAGUUAUUUGAUUAUGUAUCUUUUAAGUUGAUUCAGUGCAUAGAAAGACUGUCUCUUACAAACUUUAAGUGCUCUGAUAUGACUUCCCCCCCAAAUUUUAUUAUGAACAUUUUAAAAAACAGAAACAUCGAAAACCUGUUCAGUAAGCACAUGUAUAUCUACCACUUAGAUUCAGCAGUUGUUAAUGCUUUGUCAUUUGUUUUCUCUAUACCUAUGUAUAGAUACAGCUAGUUAUGCAUAUACAUGCAUAUAUGUGUGUGUGUGUAUAUGUAUAUGUGCUUUUUUUUCCUGAACCAUUUGGAUGUUACAGACAUAUCACCGUGAAAAUACUUCAAGUAUCUCCUACAGAUAAUGACAUUCUCCUAAAAAUCCAUAAUAUCAUUGUAAAAUUAAUAAUUCCCCAAUAUCAUCUAAUCAAGCCAUAUUUAAAUUUCUGAAGUUACCUCCAAAUUUCUUUAUAGCUGAUUAUUUCAAACCAGGAUCCAAUUAAACUUUACAUAUGACACUUGGUGAUAACUCUUUAGUUGGAUAUAACAUUAUUAUUAUUUUGAUAAAAUGUGGAACAAAGCAAUUCUAUUAAUAAGUGGUCACAUUUGUUUUGGGCUUGAAGUACUUUUUAAAGAUACUGGAUUUUCCUAAGAUUUCUGAUUUACAUUGAUAUUUUCUUUUUCUCAUUCUUAAUAAUUGCAUCACACAAUAGAUGUAAAUGAAGAUUUAGUCACCUCAGAUAAAAUUGGUAUCAUGUGUAUGAUAAUAUUGUAUCAUUUAUAUUUGCCUUAUGUUAACUUUAAGAAGUUGAUUUUUUUGUAUUAAUCAUUUUCCCAUUGCAACAGAGCUAUAUUUUUUCUAUUUUAAGAAUCAUAUUUUAGGAUUAUUUUUGGCAAAUACAGUGAGCACUUAUGUAACCAGAUGAUAAUGAACUCAAAUGUCAUGAUAGCUUGCAUAAAUGGUGACUCUAGUAGAUUUGACUUAAGCACUUCUAGAAUCAUGCACUGAAUUCAAAAGAAAAAUCUUGCUGCUUUUUAUCCGGGGCUUGUUCUAUUCAACUUCUAAUUUGAAAGCUGUACAAAGUAAUAGAAGUUCCAUUUAAAUAUGAGUUCAAAACUGUAUUUAUAACUUGUUAUGUAGCCCUCUCUGUAGGGGAUUCUAAUUUUACUUAGGGUCUCUAAAUGCAGCAUAAUGUUCCUGAUGUUAACAGAAGACUGUAUUUUUAAAGUUACAAAUUUGUAUAUAGAAUUAAGUAAUGGCGCUAUAUAAGCUGUUGUGGGGAGGAGGGAAGAAAAGGAGGAACCAAUUAAAUAGGACCUUCUAAAAAUUGUUAAUUUUGUAAACUUUGCUUCUCUUAUAAGUUAUUGUGAUUCAGUUUAGUUACUGCAUUUUAUUUUGAAAAUAUUUAAAUAUUGCACUUCUAUAAAUAGUAUGAUAAAUGCACAGACAAUUGCAGUAAAUUCUUUUUUAAGCUAGGAUAUUUGAAAUGACAACCUUUGGUUAAGUGUGUCAAGGUUGCACAGAAUUUUCACAAUUUUUUUGUUGUUUGCAAAUUGUUACUAAUAUUAAAGAGGGAGGUAAGGGAGGCAAUGCAAAUGAUUUUUAAUCUUUUUUUAUUAUCUUUUCAGCAAUUUAUAUUUUUUGUGACUUUAUGCAACCAUAUUUUUACUUUGUCUUGACAACUGAAAGAUGUAUAAGGUUUUUUUUUUGCCAGAAAUGUACUGUAUACAUAGUUUUAAAUAUAACAGAUUUUACUGAUGUGUAAAAAUUUUGCCAUUAAAAUAAUUGAUUUCUCACUGAGAGGAACUUUUCUACCAGGUUGGGGCAUAUGGGAGCUUAAUAUAUCAUAUCUAAUUUAAAAUAAUUUCAGUGAAAUAAACUCCAUUGCUUUUACUUAACUUUUUCUUGAGAUGCUUUUGUAGUUUUUCAGAGUUUUAGAUGAUUUUAUACAAAAUCCUCUGCCCAGCACUGCUCUUUUUGAUGUUGUAGUGACACCAUUCACAUUGAAUUACUGCUUGGUAGCCUGUGGCUAUAUGUGGGAACUCCAUGCAUCUGUGUUCUGACUGGCACCUUUGGAAUGAAAGAAAAGUGUGUGCUGUCCAAAUCUUUUUUCCCUUAAUUCCUUCCCUCCUCUUCCCACCCAUAAUAGAAAUUUUAUUUCCACUGUGAGUUCUGACAAGAAUGAAAUUCCACAUACAACGUAACUGUAAAUUGUUGGUAGGUAGAAGUUAAUAUUUGUGGUUCAUGUAUAUUUUGACCAGAGUAUAUUUAAGUAUACAAUUUCAACUUCCUUGAUUUAGAAAUAUGAUAUAAUAAAGAAAAACUUCAUUUAUAA